CUAAAUCAAGAAGGAUUCUAGAAAGGAAAGAAGAAAAAAAAAACGCCUUUCUUCUCAGUCCGUCCAUCAGCAUUCACCGGAAACUUCAAUCAACGCCGGAGGAACUCAGAAUCUCUCAAGCCUAACUUUGAGAAUGAAGGAAGAAGAAGUAAACCGGUGCCAGAUUCAAAACUGGUACCCGAAAUUCAAAUCCCUAACCAUAAAAACCAAACUCCACAAGCUUCCGGAGUCUUUCAUCAGCUACCUCCUCGACGACUCUGGCCCCUUCCUCCUCCCUGAGUCGAUAACAAACGACAACGCAAUGCCCAACAGAGUCCACAACCCCGAAGAAGAAGAAGACGACUUCCAACUCUCCGACAACGAAACAGAUCCGCCGCCGCCGCCGUCGUUCCCGGAGCUAGAAAUCGAGAUCAAGGAAUCAAUCGAAGCCCUAGGCGGAAAGAUCUUCCCGAAACUCAACUGGAGCGCGCCAAAGGACGCGGCUUGGAUCAGCCCGUCGCAGAGUCUAAGCUGCGCUUGCCUCAGCGAGAUCGCUCUCCUGUUCCGCUCCUCGGACUCGUUGCUCCACGAUCUCUGCGAGGCGUACGAUUCUUGCAGCGAUAGAGCCUCCUCCUCGUCGAGGCCGGAGAGCUUCUUCCUCGCGCUGAGGAAAUGGUACCCUUCUUUAAAGCCCGAGAUGGAGUUUCGCUGCUUUGUUAAAUCGAACGAGCUCGUCGGGGUUUGCCAGCGUGAAGUGACGACGUUUUAUCCUGUGCUUGUUAGCGAGAGGGAGUUGAUAAAAGGGUUGGUUGAGGAGUUUUUUUAUGAUAGUGUUAGGGGUGUGUUUGAGUUGGAGGAUUAUACUUUCGAUGUUUAUGUGACCAAGGAGAGGAGGGUUAAGGUUGUGGAUUUUAAUACUUGGUGUGGGUCUACUUUGCCGUUGAUGUAUAGUUGGGAAGAGCUUGAGAGGAGGGUUGGUGGUGGGGAGUUGGAGUUGAGGAUUGUUGAGAGCCGUCGCGGCGUGCUUCCUGGUUUGAAGACGGCUGUUCCUUAUGAUUAUAUUGAUAUGAGUUCUGGUAGCGGGUGGGAUCAGGUUCUUAAGAAAGCGGAAGAGGAGCUCCGAGAUGAAGUUGCUUGAGCUUCUUCUUCUUCUUUUUUCCAAAGUUAUUGAUGCUGGAAUUUUCAUGAUGUUUGUGCCUCUUUGUUACUGUUUCGUCUGUCUUUCGUUGUGCAAAGUGAAUUAUGCUUAGAAUUGCUUUGAUUGGGUUUCUCAUUCUCAAAUUUAGAGCUGCGCAUUCGGCUGCAACAGAACCAAUCGCUCUGAUUGUUGUCUUGUUUUUUUAACAGAGCCGGCUUUAAGCAAUUUAUUACAUAGUCUUGGAAAAAACUGUGUUAUUCCA